AUGGGCAAAGUAAGCAGCAUCUUCACCUUCAACCAACCGGCGGACUUUUUACAUAUCGCGAAUUUACCCGUAGUGACAGAUGAGGAAGGUGCUUCCAACGUGCUGAAUCAAGGCUAUGAAUUGCUGCCACCAUUCUUCACAAAAACCGCAUAUAUCGCUAACAUAUUUAAAGACACACUAAAAAAUUCAUCCUCCAGCAAGAAGGGUCUCAAGGAGCGGACAUCACACAUGCUGAACCCCGUGGCUCAUUUCGACGAUGCCGAAAUACCGACAAAACCACUGGAAUCGACACUGCAUGCAUCCCUUGACCGAGACCUCAUCAUGGAACUCAAAAAACUCUUCACCAAGAGAAAAGUGUGGCUCAGAACUGCGAUGGAUGAGUACCUUGCAACGAGAUUUUCUAGCUGGAAAAAGAAAAAUGCUUUUGCGCGCAUAUGUUAUAUUUUUGCAGGUUUGAGCACACUUACGACGCCAAAUCAUGCAACCCAGAUUAUCGAUUUCAGAGACCCAUACUAUAGAACUAUAAGUUGGAAGACUGAGAAGCAGACCACCGGCCGUGAGGGAAGCGGUGCGCAAUCAAUGCCUAUGCCCCUCGACGAAAUAUACGCCGAAGCGGUAAAGAGCAUGCCCAAUUUUAACCCGGAGGUCCAUUUCCUAGCCCCGCCAUCAAGGCCAUCACAGCUCUACCAGUUAUGCGACAUAUUCGACGCCGGUAUACAGAAGCUCAUUAAUAACACAUCGAUAGAAAUGGAAGUAAAUACCACUGACACAUGCUCAAAGGCAACUGGUGAGUGCUGGCCAUCUCCAAUCAUGAAGAAUGCAGGCUGGUACACGCAGGCGGUGAUGUCUAAAAUAAGGGACAUGAUGAACGUAAAGAGCCUUAGAAUGAGGCAAAUGCAGACUGCCUCCAGUUUAGUGCAGUAG